AUGUUUCGAAAAGAGGAGCGUAAGAAGGAGUACAAGAAAAUUUUCGAGGACUCUCGUCGCAAGCGCGAAGACUUGCAGGCCCAGAUCCGCAAGCAGACUCGCGACCGUCAAUUUCAGCGUCACCGUGGUUGCAAUCCUAACGAAGAUGACACUUCGAUGCAUCAUGGUAUGGAUACGAUGGUCGGCGGUUCCGGGCCAAUGUCGUUUUCCGGUAUCCCCGACCAUGAUGCUGAUAUGUUGAUGAACUCGUCGAACUGGACCCCUGCCGCACUUGCUCCCUAUGUCUCCGGUAUUCGUUCUACUGACUUCAAUACGCAGCUCAUGUGUACCAAGCAUUUCCGCAGACUGUUAUCACUUGAGGUUGACCCUCCUAUUGAGGAGAUCGUGAACACUGGUGUGGUACCUGUUUUCAUUGAGUUUUUGAGUCGUUUUGACGCCCCAGAGCUUCAAUUUGAGGCUGCCUGGGCCAUUACUAACGUGGCAUCUGGUAAUCAGCAGCAGACUAAGGUCGCGACUGACAACGGUGCAGUACCCAAGCUGAUUGCAUUGCUUGAUUCUCCUCGUGAGGAGGUGCGUGAGCAGGCUAUUUGGGCUUUGGGUAACAUCGCAGGGGAUUCUCCCGAGUGCCGUGACUUGGUAUUAGGUUUGGGAGCGCUGAAGCCGUUACUGUAUUUGCUCGUUCACUCUGAGAAGGACAGUGUGAUCCGCAAUGCUACUUGGACUGUGUCGAAUUUAUGUCGUGGAAAGCCUAAACCAGUUUUUGAGGAUGUUAAAUUGGCCAUCCCAUAUUUGGCUAAGCUACUAAAUCACACCGACAUUGAGGUACUAACAGACGCGUGCUGGGCGCUGUCCUAUAUUUCCGAUGGCAAUGAGGAGCACAUACAGGCUGUUUUGGAUGCUAAUGUUGGUCCUCGUUUGGUGCAAUUACUUGACCAUCCACAACCUGUGCUUCAGACCCCCGCACUGCGUACCGUUGGAAACAUAGCUACUGGCACUGACCGUCAAACCCAGGUUAUAGUAGAUUGCGGUUGCAUCCCUCUUUUAUACAAGAUGUUAUUUUCUGAUAAGAAGACUAUAAGGAAGGAGUCGUGCUGGACAUUGUCUAACAUUGCAGCUGGUACUCGUGACCAGGUUGAGGCGUUUUUGCGUUCUGAUGCUGUUGAGAAGUUGCUAGAGCUUAUGAUGUGUAACGACUUUGAUGUUCAGCGUGAGGCUAGUUGGGCUAUUUGUAACGCAGCUUCUGGUGGUGAUCUUAAGCAAGCGGAGAAUCUUGCUUCCCGCGGUUGUUUACGUUACAUUUGUACUAUUCUUACUACUACGGACACCAAACUGAUAGGUGUUGCGCUUCGUGCUAUAGAGAACAUUUUGCAGGUUGGUCACCAAUUAAUGGAGCUAAACUCUUUACCUGCGAAUCCUUACGUUGUUGCCAUUGAGGAGCUUGAUGCUGUGCGUUCUUUGGAGAUGUUACAGAACAGUAAAAUGACUGUAAUUUACCGUAAAGCUCGAGAGAUUAUGCAGCAAUAUUUUCCUGAGGACUAUGAGCUUGAUCGUGAUGCAGUUGAUGCACCUGUGGCCGUGGGCUUUCAAAACAUGGCCCCCAAUAGCGGUUUUCAGUUUCAGUAA